AUGUCAUCUGUUGUUGUUGAAAAUAGUGCCAACCUCCACUAUGUCCAAGACAUAUUAGUUAAGUCUGUUGAACUCUCUAAGAAACUUUAUGAAAAGACUGGAAUCAAGAAUGAAUUUUUAGAAUCCAACGCCUAAAAGAUUAAUGCCGCUUCUUCUUAAUUCGCUUAGUUACUCGAUGGUAGCAUUGAUGCUACUGUUGUUAAGGUCUAAUCAAUUGCCGAAAAGACCAACUAAACUAAACAAAAACUCUUAGAAAGAACCAACAAAACCAAAAAGGAACUUAUUGAAAAGACCAUGAACUUGACCGUCGUCAAGAAGACUGAAGAUUUGGGUAACACCAUCCUCACUGAACUUGAACAACAAGUUGCCCUUCUUACCAAAUCUAUUAACAAUAAACUUGCUUUACCUGAAUCUGAAGCUGAAAACUCUGCUGCCAACAAGGAUGAAAAGCUUGCCCUUACUGAAAGAUCUACCAGACUUCUUCUUACCUUAAACAACCUUGGUAAGCAAAUUGCUGAACACUACUUGAACCAAGUUAAGUCUCUUACCGUUGUUAAGAGUGCCCAACAAAAGUAUGCUUUGGUUGACCUUAAAGCCCAAGAAGCCAGAGCUAACUUAGAAUCCUUCUUCGAAGUUCUCCUUACAACUGUCAUCACCCAAAACAUCAUCAACCCCCUCUUCAACUCCCUCAAUGUUAAGUACACCCAAUCAAAGGAAACUGUUACUGUUGUUGUUGAAAAUAUCAAGAAGGUUGAUGUCCAAAACCUCCUUACUCAAGCCAAGGAUUCCUAUGAAUCCCUUAAGCAAGCUACCAUCACCUUUGUUAAGGGUGACAAGCUUACCUUCACUUUUGCUCGUGAAUUCUUCAAGACUUCUAUUGAAUCUAUCCAAAAGGAAAUCUCUUAACUCCUUACUGACGUCUCAGCUCUUAGAGCCAGAUUCCAAGAAUAAGUUAUUAACCUCUACAAGCUUUCUCUUGAAGAAUUCAAGCAAAGAAGAUCUGCUAAGUUGGGUAAAAAGGCUAUUGCCCCCCCUGCUGAAGAAUAAGUUAACUCCAGCUCUACCGCUUCUCCCGUUGAAUCUAAAAACGAAGAAGAAGAAGUUUAAAACUGA